AUGAAUCGUGUUUAUGAAAGUGGUGCUGCAAAAAAACGAAAAGCGAAAGAAGAACAAAAGAAAAUAGACAAGUUACCAAAAAUUACUGGAUUUUUAAAACAAGAUGACAUUACUAAGGAGGCAGCAUUGAGAAGCACGUCAGAAAAAAUUGAAAGUUAUUCGACUGAUAUUGCGUUAUGGGGCGAAAUCAACGAGAAGUUACGAUUAUACUGGUUGCAAAAAAAUCCAGGUUUAUGCAGCAAUAAGGAUAAAGAUUUCUCAAAAUCUGCACGGAUUUACCAAGAAGGAGAUAAACAAAAAGUGAGAACUCUAAACAAAUCAUUAUUUCAAUUGAAACUACAAAAUAAUGAAAUAGUAGAGCGUGAGUGGUUAUCGUAUUCGCCAUCAACUGGACGUAUAUAUUGCUUUGUAUGUCGACUUUUUUCAUCUGAAAAAGAUCAAUUUACAUUUUACGGAUUUAAUGAUUGGAAACACCCAGAGCGAAUUACGGAGCAUGAGCAAAGCAAAGCUCAUAAACAAACUUUAACUAUUUAUUCUAAACGGAGAAGAGAAACUGGUAGUUUAGAAAAUGCAUUAACGAUUCAACAAAAAAAUGAGAAAAAUUAUUGGAUUCAAGUAUUACGUCGAAUAACUGACACUAUAAAGUUUCUUGCUUCACGAGGUCUCGCUUUUCGAGGGGAGAACGAACGAUUCGGAUCUAGUCAAAAUGGCAAUUACUUAGGUAUUUUAGAAUUACUGAGCGAAUAUGACCCUUUCCUUAAAGAGCACAUUAAUACCUACGGAAAUAAAGGACAUGGAGUAACAUCAUACUUAUCAGCUAAUAUUUGUGAGGAAUUUAUAGGCCUUAUGGGGGAAAAAGUUCUUGCUUGCAUUAUAAGUGAGUUGAAGAAGGCAAAAUAUUAUUCUUUUUCUGUGGAUUCUACGCCGGACAUCACUCAUCUAGAUCAAUUAACGUUCACCGUGCGCUACGUUACCGAUCAGGGGCCUAUCGAACGUUUUUUAAUGUUCGUUCCUAUAGAAGGUCAUAAUGCCGAAUAUUUAACAGAGGUUGUAGUCAAAUUUUUUAAAGAUAAUGAUAUUGAUAUAAAUGACUGUAGAGGUCAAUCUUAUGACAACGCAUCGAAUAUGUCUGGACGCUAUUCAGGACUGCAAACCAGGAUAAGGGAAAUCAAUAAGUAUGCUGAUUAUAUUCCUUGUGCCGGGCACUCGUUAAAUUUAGUCGGCGUUAAGGCAGCUGAAUGUGUUAAUGCAGUCGUUAAGUAUUUCUAUAUCGUACAAAAUUUGUACACAUUUUUAUCAGGAUCGACUUAUAGAUGGCAAAAACUAUUGUCAUAUUUAGGAACGAAAAAAAAAGUCGUUAAAUCUUUAUCCGCUACUCGAUGGUCAGCCCGAGCUGAUGCAAUCAUCGCUCUUUUCACAGGUCAUACAGAUAUUACGAAAGCUCUAGAUGAUUUAUCAAAGGAUGAUACGCAGUCUAACGAGACUAGACUUGAAGCUAAGACCAUUUUAAAGCAAAUUACAAAAUUUGAAAAUGUCUUUAUAACUGUGGUAUGGCACGAAAUCUUGACACGUAUUAAUGAUACAUCUAAAAAUUUACAAAAAGAAAAUAUGGAUUUGUAUAUAGCAUGCAGUCUUUUAAAUUCCUUAGAAUUGUAUUUAUUGGAUAUCAGGGAUAAAUUCGAUGAGUUUUUAGAAAAAGCAAAAAGCUUUACUGAUAUCUGCGAAAGUGAAUCUACAUCUGAGCCAAGAAAUCGAAGAAGAAGCGUAAAACUUACUCGCUUUGAAGGAGAGAGUGAACAUACACAAUUUACUGGAGAUGAAAAGCUCAAAAUAGAGAUUUUUUAUCCGAUAAUCGAUUCACUUUGUUCCAAUUUGAAAACCAGAAAAACUACUUACGAAACGGUGAAUGAUAACUUCAAGUUUUUUACUGCUCUACCAAACAUGACAUACGAAGGAAUAAAAGAAUGCUGCGAAAAGCUUGCCAGAAAAUAUGAUCAAGACAUUUCUGCAGAAAAUUUAAUAUCAGAAUGUUUACAUUCUGAUAUUAAAUUUAAAACAUUAUCUUCGUGA